CCGAAACGCCGAAAGAGGGGAGGAGACGAGAGGUCGUCUAACCGUCCGCGCCAAAGUGAUGCUUCGCGGACUCCCUUCAGUCAGCAUAUAUAUCUCUGCCGCCACAGGCCACAGCCUGCCUACAUACUUGGCGAAGGGGAAAGGUAGGCGAGGGAACCAACCGCAACCUCUGAGAUUCCCACAUCCCACGACCUUCUCUUCGGCAAACAUGGUGUCGCGCUUGUUGCUCGGGAGGAUCGGGAUCCAGUCCGCCAGUCGUCUUUUCGGCGGCCACCGCGGCUUCAGCGGAGGCGAGGCGCUCCGCCGUUAUAUUCCGCCGGCGGGGGAUCGGUCGGUCUGCGGCAACGCGUAUGUGCCGCGAACCAAGACGGACGACAUCGGGAGGACGGAACAUGAGCCGCAGCACCUCGUCAGGUUUUUAGAUCCCCAGGUUGCUCGUCAGCACCAGGAGUUCGUUCAGUCCCUCGACAGGAUGCUGGACGCGAUAAGGAAUCCUCAGAGUCUCGCGCAGAUGGAGCGUCGGAGGCUUGCUAGUGGGGUGAAAGUCUUGGAUGAUGACUUAUGACAGUCAAGUUCCCUAUGCAGAAGUAGAGAGUUGAAUAAGUGAACAAUUUAUGUUAUCGUUUAGGUUCAUUCAGUUUAUGUUAUUGUUAUUGCUUAAAUAUCAAAUAUAUACACUUAAGCAAUUUUAUUUCCGCAUA